CACUGGGAAACAGAAGGUAGUGUUCACUAGGGAAGUCUAACGACCCACUUUCUCUAUCAGAACUCUCCAUCAAAAUCUGACACGCUUUUUUUCUUCUCCUUUUUCUGAAACUCCACAUUCUCCACCAUAAACUCAAAAAACCAUGUGAAAAGUUAACCCCACAACCACUACUUUGAAAUCUUACUUCAUUAUGUAUCCCCACACACCCCACUUUCAUAACCAUCAUUUUUCAUGCAACAACCACUGCUAUUAGCCUAUUAUAUUCAAAGAGUCUCACUUUAUUAUGCUGGAAUGUAUAACUAUUAUGAAGGUUAAAACUUUAUCUAUCCUGAUUUGGACAAAACUGUUUCGCUGUGCUAGCUGAGAAGAAAGCAUUGGAGAUUGAGUUGGUUGGUCAUCAAAAGAAGGAGGAAUGGGAGUUCAGCAACAGCUCGGUGCUUUCCUCUUUCAAGUAAGCAUUGUUUUUGUCAUGUUUCUCAUUGUUAGCGCAUCUGAAGAGCACAAGAAAGUUAGAGGCAGACAUUCAAGCAGAAAAGACCAUAGCACCAAGAUGAGUCCUAGACUUCAGUUCGAGAUCACAUUACAUGGGCUUCUCUUGUGGGCUUCAAUGGCGUUCUUGCUGCCUGUUGGUAUACUAGUCAUUAGACUGUCAAACAGAGAGGGGAACCGAAGAAGGCUUAGAAUCAUAUUCUAUGUUCAUGCAGUUCUGCAGAAGCUUGCGGUACUUCUUGCUACUGCAGGAGCUGUCAUGUCCAUAAAAAAUUUCAACAACUCCUUCAACAAUAGUCAUCAAAGAUUAGGGGUAGCAUUAUAUGGCAUUAUGUGGCUGCAAGUUCUAGUUGGCAUUUUUCGACCACAAAGGGGAUCCAAAAGAAGAAGUGUGUGGUUCUUUGCACACUGGAUAAUGGGAACUGCAGUGUCAUUAUUGGGUGUCCUGAAUGUAUUUAUUGGCUUACAAGCCUACCAAGAAAAAACAUCUAAAAGCAUAACAACUUGGAAAAUACUUUUCAGUGUUCAGAUAUGUUUGAUUGUGAUUUUCUACCUUCUUCAAGAAAAAUGGGUCUACAUUAAAAACCAAGGAGUGGUUUAAGACAACUGAGUACAAACACUGAUUCCUACUUAUCAAGAAGCUGAUUCUUACUAAGAAAGAUGUUUCAAUGCUUUGCCAUGUGUGCAAGUAUUUGAAACACAUAAGGGUACUGAUAGACGUGAAUUUCUCUCCAUGAAUGUUUCUGUUAGUUUCUUUUUCUACAGAGAAGACACAGUCAUUGAAAUGUUUGUAAUACCUUCUUGUGAGAUACAUUUUUUGUUGUGUUCUCCUAACAAUCAGUUCUGACGUUUUAUGUUUUCAAACAUUGAAUUGUUGACGCUUGUAUACUUCAUGGAAAU